ACGCGAGCUUAUUCCAAGUCGGAGGCUGGGGCGCUGCUCAUUCACGAGUCGGCACUUGGAGGCUUAGGAACCGAGCAGAAUGCUGAAAUUGCAACCCAAACUGGAGGUGGUUCAGGAGAAGCCAGAGUCCGUAUCGGAGACCAAGGACAGCUCUCAAAGUGCCACCCAAGAGAGCCAGCUGGACACGAUCAUAGUCCAGAUCGGGCAGUUCGGUCGCUUUCAGAUCUCCAACUACCUGCUACUCUGCUUGCCAAUCAUCUGCAAUGCCUUCUACUCAAUCUCGUACUUCUUUACGGCGGGUCAAGUGCCGCACAGAUGCAACAUUACCCAGUGCGACAGCUUGGAGACCAGUUACGAAGAGCCCUUCCUCAACUUCACCACCCCGCAUCGUCACGGAGCCUGGGAUCAGUGCGAGCACUACGCCGUGAUUCUUGACGGGGAAUGGGGCAACGAGGCCGAGUGCAAUGCCAGCUGGUUCGAUGUGGGUCAGCGGGUCAGCUGCGAAGCGGGAUUCAAGCUGCAAAGCGACGAGAGCACGAUAGCCAGCGAGUUCGGCAUCUUCUGCUCCGACCAGUGGAAGCUGUCCAUGGUGGGCACUGUCAACAACAUUGGUCAGUUUGUGGGCAUACCCCUGGGGGGAUUCCUCUCCGAUCGAUACGGUCGCAAGACCAUAUUAGUUUUGGCUGGAGUCCUGAGCAGCUUCGCCGGGUUGGCUCGUUCACAUGCCCCGGAUUACUACAGCUUCCUGGGGCUCGAGUUCCUGGACAUGGCGGUGGGCAGUACACUUUUUCCCACUGCCUUUCUGCUGGCAGUGGAGCUGGUGGGACCCAAGCGGCGCGUGAUAGCCGCCACCAUGAUCAGCCUGACCUACGGGCUGGCGGAGGCGGCAUUGGGUUACCUGGCUAGCUACGUGCGCGACUGGCGAGUGCUACUGCGCGUCCUCUACGCACCAGCCCUGCUUCACCUGAUCUUCAUCUGCCUGCUGCCGGAGAGUGUGCGCUGGCUGCUCAGUCAGUCCAUGGAGCAGGAAGCCACAGAAACUCUCAGGAGAGUGGCCAGGGUGAACCGGCGGUCCCUCUCGGAGCAGCAGCUUACCGACUUGGUCCGCUCCAACCGCCGGGUGGAAGCCCAGUCCUCCGCUCCCGGUGGACACUACACAGCCAGACAGAUCGCCCAGGCCCUCGGGUGGCGCAUCGCCCUGUGCUGCUUCGUGUGGUUCACCCACACCUUCAUCUGUCUGGGCCUCAGCCUGAACUCCAGCGAACUGAGUGGGAGUAAGUUCGAAAACUUCAGCAUCACGGGCCUUAUGCAGCUGCCGGGCAUCCUGAUAGCCACCACCCUGAUGCACCGAGUCGGUCGUCGGCGGGCACUCAGUUCCUCGCUGUUUAGCUGCGCGUCCCUACUUCUGGCGGCGGCAGCCACGGAUGAAGUUUAUCCAUUGACGUCCUCAGUACUGUACUUCCUGGCCAAGAUGACCUCCACCGGCAGCUUUAUGAUUGUGUACUUCUUCACCUCAGAGAUCUUCCCCACCAACUGCAGAAACAGCCUUCUGUCCUUCUGCUCCUCUGUGGGUCGCUUUGGAUCUAUGUUGGCUCCGCACACGCCGCUUCUUAUUGCCUACUAUCAGUACGCCCCCCACUUAAUCUUCGCCUUGUUUGGGUUCAUCUGCUCCAGUCUGGUGUUGCUCUUCCCGGAGACUGCCAAUAAAGUGCUUCCCACCACGUUGGAGGAGGCACGUGCCCUGGACAGAAGCAUGCCGAGGGAAAAGGCUAGUAAGUCUGCCGUCUAAUCGAACCUCAGUACGAUCCUCAGUAUCGGAAAUCAGAGCUUUUCGACAAUCAGUAAAAUAAUACAGCCGAGAAAAACGCCACUUGAUGUAGCUGUCAAGUAAUUGCAUAAAGUAUUAAAUAACUUUGAAAUCGAGUAUUUCCAUUAAAAAAGUAAUUGUUCUCAAAGUGUAUACUUAUUUGAGCUGAUUUUUGUUGCAGAGCGUGUUAAAUCAUCCACUCCUAUCUGAUUAAUGUGCUACCAAGAGUCGAGAUAUUCCGAGAUAGGAACUGAUUUCGGACAAGGGUGCAAUAUCUUUAUAAAUCUGAAACGGGGCUUAUCAGUGCCAUGACUAGCGACAUUUUAUCGAUUUACGACUCCCAGUGCCCGGGACCCGAUGUCGUACAUCUUCCAAGCGCUUUCAAUUACAGCGCUAUAAUAAUUCACUGAGCCCCCUACUAAUUGUGGUCCGAAUCGUAUCAUUGAUUUAUCAAUCUGCCUCGGCAACCGAGCCGAACGGAUUGUCAAUCAGGCCCCGGACUUGUUUGUUCAUUUUCAUAUUGGAGCAUAUCUACAGCACAUGUAUAUUCCUCCCCGGUUAA